GGGCUGACUAAGGACCAUGAGUUAGAAAUAUCUAAGUACAUUCGUGAGGGCCUUACAGGAGACCCACGCCCCAAAUUUCGGGAUACAGCUACAACCUCUAGUGACAACCUACACAUGACCACCACAGACACGGCAUCAUCACAGCUUCAAUGGCAAGAAUCGCGCCUUGCUAACAUAUUCAACAAGACCCAUAUAACCACUUCAACAAAACCCGAUGCUUGGAUCCCAGAAAAUCUUUCUUCCUCCACACAUCUGGAGAUUUUGGCCCAUCUUUGAUAUGUCCUUAUAUCAAAGUUGAAUCGAUGCUCAUCACACCAAGAACUUACUCCGCCUCACAGACCCCGGAUCGAAUAAUUGAAUCAUCGGGCUUCGAAAGUCGACCGCGAUAUCGCUCUAUUGCCGGCUGGAAGUCUGAUCCGACAGCUUCUCCCGAAGUUGAGAUGCUCUUGAUCCGCCAAACCGGAAGUGUACGCGUUGGCGAAGUCGUCAGGUACACACUCACCUACAAUCCAGCAGGUGAUAGUAUUCAGCCUCCUCCGGCUGCGCUGCAUGUCAAAGUCAAGAAUACCUCGGCAAUACCACUAAGAGCCGCCUAUCUUCACGGUCCAUACACUUUGUAUGCCUCGUGCUAUCCUGCGUCGUUCGACCCCAAUGGCAAAUUUCAUUCUUCUGAUGAUGGGAAUGUCCCUCAGUUCGAACCCUAUCUCAAAGCUGCUGGAACGUGGAAUGCAGUGAUCCCUGUCCGGCCGUACAAUCAACAAGAGAACUCCAGCCCAGGCAGGAGCCAAGACGGAAGUGACUCAACAUGGAUAAUCGAGAUUAUAUCCCAAGUUGUGUUCUCCAGCACGGCGUCCGUCAAUUUCGAGCUUCUGGUUGGCCGGGACGAAGUCUCAUUGGAUCUCUCUUCUGGCGGGCAGCUCAAACAUCACCAAGCUGCCGAUUUGCGUGAUCAUUGGUCUUCCGCCUUACAAGGGAAGCAACUGCUCGCCACAAAAGGCGUGUUUUCCGAUUCUGUUACUCUACUAGUUGAUGAUACAGCUAGCCUUUGGAACACGCCACACCUGCCUUCAUUGUCUAAUGAUGAGACGGAGACCAAACCUCAACCAUCAGGUUGCAAGCCUCCCCAAGGAACUGCGGACCCAGUAGCGCAAACGAGCGAAUCGGCAACUCAUGCUCCUCAAAAGCAACAUCGGAAGCGGAUACAUCUUGUUGUGCUAACGCAUGGACUCCACAGCAAUGUUGGUGCGGACAUGCUGUAUCUCAAAGAGAGUAUUGAUGCUGCUUCGAAAAAGAUCGCGUCUCAGCAAAAGAGUCCGAUGUCCGAGACCGGCCAAGCAUCGGCAAACACGCACUCGAAUAGCAGUGUUGAUAUUGCCUUCUCAGAAGAGCAGGUUGUUGUUCGAGGUUUUCCUGGUAAUGCGGCUCGCACCGAACGCGGAAUUCAGUAUUUGGGCAAGCGACUUGCAAAAUACGUGCUGUUGAUGACAUAUCCCGAUCAGCCUCAUUUCCCCCACAAAAAAACAAAGACUAGAACAUAUACUAAUCCUUUCUCUUGGGGAGGACUGCAAGAGAACAGCCAGCCCGCAGUGGAAUCUCUCCACACACACAUGGAGCCACAGAGUCCCAGCGAUCAUCAUGCAUAUCAAAUCACGAGCAUUAGUUUUAUUGGCCACUCUCUUGGAGGACUCGUGCAAACAUAUGCGAUCGCAUAUAUACAGAAACACUCCCCCGAGUUUUUUGAUAAGAUCAGACCGAUAAACUUUAUUGCGUUAGCAACACCCUUUUUAGGGCUGAGCAAUGAGAACCCGAUGUAUGUUCGAUUUGCGCUGGACUUUGGGCUUGUCGGUCGCACUGGCCAGGACCUUGGACUCAGCUGGACGGCACCCAGGGUCAGGAGUGGCUGGGAGACCAUAAUUGGGGGCAAACCAGACCCAUCCAAUUCCCCGUCGGACGCUCGGGCGAAGCCUUUGCUACGGAUUCUGCCUUCCGGACCUGCCCAUGAAGUGCUUGCCAAAUUCAAGCACCGUACGGUCUACUCCAAUCUUGUCAACGAUGGAAUUGUUCCCCUGCGAACAUCAUGCCUGCUAUUUCUAGACUGGAAAGGUCUGGAGCGGGUCGACAAAGCCAGGAGAGAGAAUGGGAUUGUUGGAACCAUGGCAGAAUGGGGAUGGGCCGAACUGACAGGUGCAAACUCGAAGUCUCCCAGACCGUCUCGCCCUGCCAAUGAAUUAGAAGUAAUGGCUGCUUCUAGCGGUAUCGCCGAGACUCCUGACGGCACAUCCAUCAGAACGAGUUCAGGGAGCGUCGGUACCACAAGGAUUGAGUAUUCCCCCCCAGCUUCCACUAAGAAAGGAUCUGCAAUUCAAGCGCAAUCGAUGCAUACAGCUGGAAGUUUAGCUCCAAUGGCGCCUGAUGCACCUACUCCACAGUCUCCCUCCAGCCCCCUCAGCGGCUUCUUUUCAAUGUUUAAACCAAAAGAGCCCGGAAACAAACACGAGAAGAUCCUCAAACGCAGUCAGACGGUUGCCACUUCGUUGGCUACCGACCACAAUCAGCAGGACAGCCUUUACUACAAUCACCGGUCCUAUGACGGUGGGUUCAACGCACCUCCCAAAACAACCGUGUUCGAAUCAGCUGGUGAUAUCCUCAUGCCACCACUGCCUCCGAUGGAGUAUAUCAUGGAUCCCGCAUCAAGACCUCGUACGAUACUGCAUGAUCGAACCUACCAUUCAGAUGAUAUACCUCCUCCAAUUUUCAAACGUAAAACGCAGCCGAUACAUCCAUUGAGUGCUCAAAUGCCAGCAGCGGAUCACUUAACCAUAGACGAGCAUGCGAGUGAAGCUGGGCUCAAAGUCGAAGAGAAAAUUGCCCGUGCAUACCAUCGCGGGCUGUCGUGGCGCAAGGUGCUUACGCGCUUAGAGCCCGAUGCUCACAACAACAUCAUUGUGCGAAGGAUGUUUACUAAUGCCUACGGCUGGCCUGUCGUUCAACACCUGGUCGAGACGCAUUUUGGAUCAUGUUCCUCGACUAGCCCCGAAGACAAUUCUGGUAACUCGCCGGAAAGCCCUAUACGCCCUGUGCCGCCAGCCAGGGGCGGUGAGGGUGACAUCACGCAUUUGUCUUCUACCCUUUUGGGAUCCCAUAAUGCCUAAACAGCUAGUUUAUCCCGUUGUACUGGAAAUUGGCCCUUGUUGUCUACCGAUGGUCUCACUUCUCAUGCGUAAACUUCGUGAAAGGUUGUAUCGAUGAUAACGUGGGGAUACUCUUACAUGAUAUUGUAAGAUUAGUGAUUUUAGGAGAUACUGAUAUCUGGCAAAAGGUUCUGCAUCUACUGACUGCUUGCUGAUCGACGGCGCGACAUACCUCGCGCCGAACCCGAAUCAAUACUCGAGUCGUCCUUGAAUAUUGCUCCAGAACUCUUCCACAAGCAUUUUCUGGCUAGUUUGGGUUGUUGCUGCUCGAACAGCGAGGUAUUUCCUUCCAUCGAUCUUGGCUAUCCAUUCUCCCGGAUUCCCGCCGACCAUUAUACCUCCAGCCUCCUCGAGGAUGAUCCAUCCGGCACAGACAUCCCAUGCCCAGCAACCCCCCUCCCAGUACAAGUCAAGGGUACCGGCAGCAACAGCGCAAAGAUUGAGCGCCGCAGACCCUAUGCUACGCAUAGACCGAACCAUAGCCCCGCCACUCUCCCGGUCCUGCCCCAGCUUUUCGAAAGUUCGAAUCUUAGUUUCCCAAUUCUGCCCUGUUCUCUCAGAGCCCCAUUCCACGCUGAUCAGUGAAUUAUUCAAGCCUGUCAGAGGCUCAAUGUUGGUUCCUCUGAGCGGUAGCCGGACGUCACGGUUCAAGAACGCCCCUUUGCCGCGUAUCGCGGAAUACAAAGCCGUGGUGAAAGGGUUAUAGACGACGCCGACAGUUGGGACACGGUUUAUCGCGAGCCCUAGCGAGACACAAGCGUGAGGGAAUCCGUGCACAAAAUUAACCGUGCCGUCUAUUGGGUCAAUGACGAAUGUUGGCGCGUCUGUCAACGGGCAAGAUGGAUCGUAGGUUUCCUCUCCAUGGAAUCUGACAAGACAGCGUAAGAUUUCGUCAUGUUCUUAUGAAAUCUUGUAUCACUACAGACACCAAGCAAAGCAUCUCUUCGGGUAGUGAAGUAAAAACUGGAUGACAUACUGGUAGUCUGGGUAUUUAUCCUUCAGGGCGCUGAAGAUCAUCUCCUCCACAGCACGAUCAUAUUCGGUCACGAGGUCUGCGCCUGGUAUACUUGGUUAGCAACAUACAUAGCCUGUUAAUUCGAGAAUAAAAGCAUACUAUUUUUCUUAGAUCCGGUGGUGUCGGUCCCUGGAAGAGCGCCGGUAAUGAUCUCACCAGCCUUGUAGGCUAAACCAAUCAAGGAGUCACAGAUCUCGUCCAGAUCAGGCAGUAUGUCUAACUCCUGUGCGCUCAUAGUUUGAUCUUUCAGUUCGAUUGACGUUCUUCGAAGGAUCGAUUUUGCACAUCAGAGUAAGAGCGGG